UGGUUUUGGUUGUUUACUGAAAGUGAACGAAGUGUUCUGAAUGAACAUGUGUUUUCUAGGUUAUGUCAUUUUUUCAAGUUCAAGUAUAAAUGUUUAGCUGUUUAGUGUUGAGUUAGAGUUAAGAAUUUGUAAUUCUAUUUUCAAUCGGCAUCAAUAAUUUAUUUUUUUUAAUUUAUCAAGAUUUAAUUUUUACUCUAAGCUUGUUAAUUUCUAUAAUUUACCUACCAUGAGUUGUUAUUUUUGUGUUUAUCAUCUAUCUCAAGUUGUGGAUUGAGCUGAACAUUAACAAAAUUUGAUAAUUUUAAUUUUGUUACACAAUGUUGAAGCACUCCUUUUUAUUUAAUUGUAGCCUCUCUUCUAAAAUAAGAAUAUCGAAAGCUUUCUCUGAUUUAAACACGUUUCUAAGACGAUAUGAUGCAAUAAAUCAAUUGCCGCUAGUCUUCAAACCAUGUAUCAACAAUUACAGCUCUUUAAAUUGGAAGAGAACUUGUUUAAAAGUAUCCUGUAAGCAUAAAUUAAAUCAUUCACAAGUAAAUAAUUUUCAUGAUGUUCCAAACGACAAGUUUUCUGCAGCUUCUAUAGCUCAGGUGAAAAGCGUUUUAGAAUGCAACAAGAUUGAAUUUACAGAAGGAUUUUCAAGUUUAAUUAUUAAAUGUCCAAUAUGUGUGAGCAUGAAACGAACGGAAUUAUACAUCAACAAAGUUACUGGCCACACAGUAUGCAAGGGAUGUAAACGAACGGGUGACUGGAAUGACCUCCAAUCAGCACUGACUAGCAAAUCGGCCAGUGAAAAAGAAAGCGAAACCAGUGAAAAAAUAUCUGAACAAGAUCAUCCUUUGAAAAAGUACGACAAUGUAGCUGGCGAAAAAUGGAAAGCUCUUUCGAAAACAUCACAAUCUUUGCUUUCUAUGUCAAGUGACGAACGACGAGAAGCUAUGCAACGUUUCACAUCUAAGGAAAUAUCAGAGGACGUAAUCAAGCAGCUUGACGCUCACAUCAUGACUGGUGAAGAUGGAAGCAAAACAUUUGUGGUGCCUUUGAAGCAGUCUUCCAGUGAUGUGGUUGGCUUCAAACAAAUAGGACAAGAUGGAAGCGAGCUGGUGGAACCAUGUCGUAACUGUCGCGGCAUUUUGACCUACAAAUCAAAGCCAACAAGGAAGGACGCCACAGCUGUAAUUGUGCACAGUUUCAAGGAUUUCUUAGCAUUAGCCAAUCUCCAGUUAUAUUACCAUAUCAUCUGCUUACCUUAUGGAAUUACUAGUCUUCCUCAAGACAUUCUACCACUGCUAGAGAGAUAUAAGAAGAUAGUUUUGUGGUUCGGAAACGGGAGUGGAUCCUGGGAUGCAGCUAGACAAUUCGCCAAAAAACUUAACGAAGGAAGAUGCUUCUUCGUAAGUUUAGCAUGUGUCAGUCGAGCAGCCUAG